UGCUGCAUUGCAGCCUCCCUCCUCCUGCCGUCCGUCCCCUUCUCCCUCCUUCCCUCCCUCCCUCCCUCCGCGUCUGGCGCGCUGCACAAUGGCGGCUCCCGGCCCCGGCUCUGGCUCCGGCGGCGGCGGGUCCCAGGCGGCGCACACGACAGUCAGCAGCAUGCAGGGCUUUCAGAUAAACUUCUGUGAAAAAGCACAAAAUAGUGCUGUCCCCAUGGACGAGGAAGUGCUAGUUCUUAAAAGUGAGGGCCAUAACAAAAAUGAAGACUGUUGCUGUGAGGAGAUAGGAGGUAAGCGCAGAGCACUGAAGUUGAAUUUUGCAAACCCACCUUUCAAAUCCACAGCGCGAUUUACAUUGAACCCUGGAGUUCCUUUUCAGAAUCCACACAUUGAUACACAAGCAACAAUGGGUAGUAAUCACAUUGCCCCGUUCACUUUCAAAAGGAGAGAAGCGGAGAUGAUCGUGAAACUUUCCAGCAGGCUACAAGAGAGACUGAGAACACACAGCAUUGAAUCAUCAGGAAAAUUGAAGAUUUCCCCUGAACAACAUUGGGAUUUUACUGCAGAGGACUUGAAAGAUCUUGGAGAAAUUGGACGAGGCGCUUAUGGUUCUGUCAACAAAAUGGUCCACAAACCAAGUGGGCAAAUUAUGGCUGUUAAAAGAAUUCGUUCGACAGUGGAUGAAAAGGAACAGAAACAGCUUUUAAUGGAUUUGGAUGUAGUUAUGCGAAGUAGUGAUUGCCCAUAUAUUGUUCAGUUUUAUGGAGCACUCUUCAGAGAGGGUGACUGUUGGAUCUGUAUGGAGCUCAUGUCUACCUCGUUUGAUAAGUUUUACAAAUAUGUAUAUAGUGUAUUAGAUGACGUUAUUCCAGAAGAAAUUCUAGGCAAAAUCACUUUAGCUACUGUGAAAGCACUAAACCACUUAAAAGAAAACUUGAAAAUCAUUCACAGAGAUAUUAAACCUUCCAAUAUUCUUCUGGACAGAAACGGAAAUAUUAAACUCUGUGAUUUCGGCAUUAGUGGACAACUUGUAGACUCCAUUGCCAAAACCAGAGAUGCUGGCUGCCGGCCCUACAUGGCACCAGAGAGGAUAGACCCCAGUGCAUCCAGGCAAGGAUAUGAUGUCCGCUCUGAUGUCUGGAGCUUAGGGAUUACAUUGUAUGAACUGGCCACAGGACGGUUCCCCUAUCCAAAAUGGAAUAGUGUAUUUGAUCAACUGACACAAGUAGUCAAGGGAGACCCACCACAGCUGAGUAACUCAGAGGAACGGGAAUUCUCCCAAAGUUUUAUCAACUUUGUCAACUUGUGCCUUACAAAGGACGAGUCCAAAAGGCCAAAGUAUAAGGAGCUUCUGAAACAUCCCUUCAUCCUAAUGUAUGAGGAGCGAACAGUGGACGUUGCGUGCUAUGUUUGUAAAAUCCUGGAUCAAAUGCCAACGACUCCGAGCUCUCCAAUGUAUGUCGAUUGAUACUGCUGCUACAUCAAAACUCUAGUGCAAAUGCUGAGAAAAAGCAAGAUGUACAGAAUCUUCACCCCGUAUUGCAGUGUUUUAACGCUCGCCCAGACACCAUGUGCAAUAAUGUUGGUGUUUUUCUUCCAUUCUGUCUGUAUAUUAUUGUCACUUAUAAAGUGCAUCCAUGUAAUAAUACCUGAUCACAGUGUUAGUGUCAGUCAAAGAGAGACUUCAUUUCGCUCUUUUUGUGGACAUAUUCAUAAAACGUGGAAAUAAGUAACAUUUUAUUUGUUGGCCAUGAUUGGAUAGCACCUAAAGUUAAUUUCUAGACUCAGAGACUUCUCAGCAGCUACUGGAAUGAUUUUAUUCUUUCAAACUCUUCCAAUUGUUACAGAUAAUAUAAAAGAAAGGAAGUUAGGCAAUGGCCUAGCUGAUUCUGAACAUAAACUGCUUGGGGAGAAAGAAACUUUUAUGCAGCCAAAUGAGCUACUUUUACCUUCUGAAGCCAACAAAGGCAAAGAGGGGAUAAUAUAUAAAUAUAUAUAUAAAUAUAUUUCUUCACAAAGUGCAAUAGAUUAAUUGAUUUGAAAUUCUGUUGCUUUUCAGUCACAGUAUAUGUUUUGAAGACAAUUGUGGCUCAGCAGAACUUCAUAUUUCGGAGGGAGAAAGAAGUGAUCAUGUAAAAUGGACUAUGUCUUUACCAAAAAAUAAAAAUAAAAAUGCAUUGCAUUGCAUUGAAAGGAGCUAACAAUUAAACUCAUGAGAGUAUGAGUUUGAACUCAUGGAGAAUAAUGUAUUGUUUCAUUUUCCAAGCAAGCCACUCUUCAGUAGAACUAGGUGUCCUGUAAAUUGUUACCUGGUGAGAUAAGACUUUUACCUGAGGAAUUAUUAAACUACUCAGUUGAAUUUAACUGGCUUGUGACCCCUGAUUUCCAACUCAUGGCUAAACUUUCACCACUGAAAGGGUACGGGACAGUUCACAGUUGUGAAGAGCUAUUUUACAUUGUUAAUAAUUAUUUGUAAUUUAUCUCCAUCAAACUUCUCAUGUUUUCCAGUUGCAUAGAAACUUCCCACAGAGCUCCAGGUAUGACUUGGAUUUCUGAUAUUAACCGUCAGAUCAAAUAAGCUCCCCACGUCCCCAUCAGUUGGAUAGUUGGGCUUCCAAAAUCAUUACAGAGAGGAUGCUAAAUAUGUUUGCUUUCAUUUUGUGGAUGAAUUAGAAUAAUUUCCUAACACAACGGUAACUAAGAGAACUGGAAUGUUAAGUUCUUAAAAGCAUGUGGCAGAAAAAAGGAAACCCAGAGGUUAUAUUGCCAGAUGGAGGGUGGGAUGGGGGAGCCCUUUAAACAAUUAUAUUGUCAUCUCAACUGCAUCCAGUGUGAUCUUGUCUUCUAAGUCACAAGAGGGAGGAAGUGGUGUUUUUUAAAAUCCAAAGUUAUUUGUAAUCUCAGUAACUGUCACUAUUUAACAUGUAAUACUAGAAUUGUAAGGGAAUUAAGCUUUACCAUUGAGUGGGUCAGUGAUAACAAGACCCUGUUACUAUAACUAGUUAACUUAAUUUUCUCUAGUAUACCAGCUGAUUAAUAGGAUUUGGGGGCAAAAACUUGGUCAACACCGUAAGAGAUAAUGUAUUGAAAUGGGAACCAGUUGGGACCAGGGCCAUUCCAAGACAUUUUGCUGCCUGGGGCAAAUUACAAGUGCAGAAGCUGACCAAACUGCCAGGUAAGCACCCACCACCUGAGUGACUGUUUCACUUGCCCAAUGGUAGGCAAAGUCCCUGGUUGGGACUGUUUUAAUGUAGUAAUUAUUCAUUGUAAUCCACUCAGGUGGAAGAUUUUCAACCUCAUCCAGAUGUUCCCAACCUCUAUAUGCAUAUCUCCUGGCUUUUCCUCUUUGUGCCUGCCGAAAAUUGAACAGUAAUUAGAGCCCCUUUCAUCUUGCAUUCUAUUCUCACGUAUAUUAGCAGCGCAUUUCCAUUCGGUCAACCGCAAAUGGAGGUAGCUCCUAUUCAGGCACAGUGGAUGUCUGAGAGAAACUGACUGUUCUAGCAUAUUAAUCAUAGAUUGGUAUAUUAAGGGUGCAGCAUUUAUAUUACAGUAUAUGUUUAUAAAGAUGUAUAGUGUUCAGAAGCUGUGAAAAUAGUGUAAGAACUGUACAUUGUGAGCUCUGGUUUAAUUUUUUUCUUGUACCAUAGAAAAAAAAUGUAAAGUUUAUUGAGAAGCUGAUGUGCAGGGGAUAUUGCCUUAUUGUCUGUAAGUAAAAUGGAGUUUGACAACAUGAUAGCUUCUAAGAGCUUCCAACUAUUUUAUCCUCUCCUGGUUUGACUUCCUCUUCUAUUUAAAAUACUCUACAUGAAAUCAAAGUGUUAAUGUAAUAGGUCCCCCCCCCCGCCUGCAGGUCAGUUGUAAAAUAAAUCAAGGUUCCGAAUAUGAUCUUGCUAUAAGGUCAGACAUGAUGAUGGGGAAAUCAAUAAAUGAAAAAUGAAAUUUAAAAAUGCCA